AUGAAGUCCACAUUGGUCCCAAUCGCCGUGGCGCUCGCGUCCAUCACCGGCACCCUGGCUGAGAGCAUCCAGUACUUUGACCAACUAUUUGCCCUCGAGCGUGGCGAUUUAAGCGAACGGGGAUGGAAUGAAUGGCUGAAACACGAUCUGUCGACUUUUACCGACCCUAGCCCACCCUCGGACUACGAUGAGCAUAUUAUCCUCCUGGAACCUUCGUCUUCCGCUAACGCCCCGGACCUAAUCAAGUUGGCAUCCGCCACGGAAAUCGAAGCCAAAGAUCUUGUCAAGAUCAAGAAAGGCGAUCUACUCAAGCUAGAGGGCAAAUGA